AACAUGAACCUCGUGGGUAGCUACGCACACCAUCACCACCAUCACCACCCACACCCGGCGCACCCCAUGCUCCACGAACCCUUCCUCUUUGGUCCGGCCUCCCGCUGCCACCAGGAGCGGCCUUACUUCCAGAGCUGGCUGCUGAGCCCGGCUGAUGCUGCCCCAGAUUUCUCUGCCGGCGGGCCACCACCUACCACCGCAGUAGCGGCCGCUGCCUAUGGUCCCGACGCCAGACCGGGCCAGAGCCCAGGUCGGCUGGAGGCGCUUGGAGGCCGCCUGCCCAGGCGAAAAGGCUCAGGACCCAAGAAGGAGCGGAGGCGCACAGAGAGCAUUAACAGCGCAUUCGCGGAGCUGCGUGAGUGCAUCCCCAAUGUGCCCGCAGACACCAAGCUCUCCAAGAUCAAGACUCUGCGCCUGGCCACCAGCUACAUCGCCUACUUGAUGGAUGUGCUGGCCAAGGAUGCACAAGCGGGUGACCCCGAGGCCUUCAAGGCUGAACUCAAAAAGGCGGAUGGCGGCCGGGAGAGCAAGCGGAAAAGGGAGUUGCCCCAGCACGAAGGCUUUCCUCCUGCCCUGGGGCCAGGCGAGAAGAGGAUUAAAGGGCGCACCGGCUGGCCUCAGCAAGUCUGGGCGCUGGAGCUAAAUCAGUGAGACCAGGCCGGCGCCGAGG